AUGUCGGACGGCGAAGGUGACCGUAGAAGAAGUUCCCGAAGGCCCGUCAACAAAGAGAAGGAUGCCAAAGCCAGUGCUUUGGAGAGGCUCAAGGAAGCCAGGCUCAGUGGGAAACGGUCUUACCGAGCGAGGGUAGGACGCAUUUCGAUUUAUCUCAUGAGUUUAUUUAAAGGUUGAUGAUAUGGUUCAAGAUGUGUUGGUGGAUGUGGAUGAGGAAGAAUAUAACCGGCGAUAUCGAGCUGCCGAUUUUGUGGAUGAUGAUGAUGGUGCUGGAUAUGCAGAUAGUGAUGAGGACGAGAAAGAUAUACUUCAAGUUACAUCGAAAAAUAAAAAGAAGGUUACCAAAAGAGAAGAGGUUAAGGGAAAAAAGGCCGGCGAUAUCACCCAAUUCUUGAGACCUGAUAUCAGAAAUUCUGAAGUAGGGUUUGUUUAUUCGUUGUAUUAAACUGGGUUUAGAAAACUCAUACAAGUCAAGCGGACGAUGAGGCUGCUUUGGCCGAAGCUUUGGCUCAAUUGGAUGAGACUGCCGACAAUGGGGCUCCGAUGUUCGACUUCUUGGCAGGCCCACUCAUGGAUAAUGCUGAAGCUGUCGAGGAUCAUUGGCAGUGUCAAGAUGAAGCUGUUCCUUCCACCCCGGAGGUCUUUAAGCCGUAUGUUUUUUAGCAUGGUAUAUGGUUGGUUUAGUGCAACUAUCAAGAGAGUACGACGUAUUUCGGAAGAUGAGAUUUGUGCUUCAAAAGUGGCCAAACUCGAUCAAACUUUAGUGAAAUCAGAAAAGCCUGAUCUCGAAACAACGACUGAGAUCGCAAAUUUUGUUCAGCCCGAUUGUGCCAAUGUAAACGAGGACUUUCCUAUAGUGGAAGAGUCGGUUGUUGAAGAAAUUUUUGGAGGUCAGGACACUGAGGACCCAAUGGAAGAAGAUGAAGAAUUAGAAGCAGAAGAUGGUGAUAGCAAAAGCGUGAAGUUGUUUUGCCUCGAUUUUUACGAAACUGCGAAAGGUACAGUCUUCAUGUUUGGAAAGAUAGGCCAGAAAAGUUGUUGCAUAGAAGUGAAGGGAAUCGAAAGAGUGGUCUACUUCAUUCCGGUUCAGGUAACAAAAAAUUUAUUUUACUUUAAUAGUUGUCUUAGGAGGAGAUGGAAGACCUGAAAAAGGAAGUUACAAAUAUCCUCAAAAAGGAGGGAAUAAAUCAGUUUAGAAGCAAAGAAACGAACAUAAAGUAUGUCCCCGAUGCAGAUGACAUGGAGAAGGAGAUGAAGGCGUUGAUGGUCGCUUAUGAUGUAAGGACAACGGUCGGCGUCUAAUUAUAUUUUCAGUCGACGUUGCCUGCUUUGAGUAUGGAGCUAACCGGAACUUAUUUUAAACGAGUUCUAAACGUCAAUGCGUCGCCUUUGGAGAGGCUUCUGAUGGAGUCUAACCUCAGGACUCCUGGAUUUGUUCAAAUUUCAAAUAUCGGUAAGUCGAAUUUUUAAGAGUUACAACAAAAGAACAGAAGAAGCCCAAAGCAAGAAAUCUUAUUGUGAAUUGGAAUUUACGGUCAAUAACAGAAGUAUGAAAAAUAUAAUCAUGGCUCCUGGCCCAAGAUUUGCUCCUAAAAUCAAGAUGUUAGUGAUGAAUGUAGCCAGUGUUUUUCUUCCUGGUGGCAACCGAGAGGUAAUUGAGAGGUGUCAAGAGGCAAUAAAUGACUUUUCAGAUUAUCGCCAUAAAUGGACUUUUUAAAAAGAAUGCUUCCCUCGACCGUGCAAACGAUAAAAAUGCUUCGGCUUAUGAUUCUUUAAACUGUAAGUGAUGUUGGUCUUCUAUUUGUAUUUGCAGUCAUUGCAAAACCCACCAAAGGAACAUUUCCGAUUACAUUGAACGAUGUUUUGACGCAGAAGAACAUGAAGAACAAGGUGUUUGUGCAUCAGAACGAACGGGCUCUGCUGGCCGCGUUUUUAGUUAAGGUUAAAGAGCUGGAUCCCGACUUAAUUGUAGUGAGUGUCAUUACUUCUAUCUCUCAAAGCGUCUUCCUUGCUCUGUUAACAUUUCUUGCAGAUGCAUGGAGCCAAUGAACAAUUGGAUCUGUUGAAGACAAAACUGGCCCGACAUAAGAUUUCGACGUUCUCAUUCUUUAGCAAAUUAAAGAAAACAACGCCAAUCGACAAAAUCGGGAGAUGGAAUCUGACUUGUUUAACUGCUGGACGUCUUGUUUUGUGUUCAAAGUAAGGAUAUAAAAACAAUUUUAUCAUGAGAAACUAUGUGUUUAUCUUGGCGAUUUUAGGGAAGCAGCGGCAGAAUUGGACACAAAGAGUAAAAGUCAAAACAUGGAAGAUCUUGUACCAUCACUCCUCACACCUAAUGAUCCCACAAUUCAGAGAACCGAACUGACUAAUCCCGAAUUACUGGAACCCUUUUUCUCAGCCAAUGGAGUCCCUUCUAUAUUCAAAUUGUUGAAGUGGUCAUGGCAUGAGGCAUAUCUCUCCUUGUUAGUUGUGCUACAAUUGAAUGCCCUUCCUUUGUUUGUUCGAAUCACCCAGAUCGUCGGUGGGGUCAUGGUAAGACAUUAUUUUCUUCUGAUUAUUCUCUUUAGUCCCGAACUCUAGUGGGAGGACGGUCACAACGGAAUGAGUUCUUGUUCCUCCACGCCUUUUAUGAACGGGGUUAUGUUCCCUGGGACAAGAAGAAGAGAAAUAAGGAGAAGCAAGGCGAUUCUUCAGGAGGAACCGUUGUCGAUCCCAAAACCGGGCUUUACGAGACUUACAUCGUCCUUCUUGACUUCAACUCCCUUUAUCCAAGCAUCAUCCAAGAAUUCAACAUAUGUUUUACGACGGUGGACAAAUGUUAUCGGAUCGCUGUAUGUUUAAAAAACUGAUGUUUUACGCAUUUAAGGACAAAAAAGACGUUUUGAGUUCAAUUCCGGACAGCGAUGUUCCACAAGGCAUAUUACCAAAAGAGAUAGGAGAACUGGUCAGGAAAAGAAGAGCAGUGAAACAGGAGAUGAAGAGGGUCCCCCGAGGUUCGGACAGAUACCUUCAGGUAAGACAUCAGGUAAUUAAGAAGUAUUUUUAGCUGGAUGUUGAGCAAUUGGGUCUCAAACUGACUGCGAACAGUAUGUAUGGAUGUCUUGGAGCUACAGAUUUCCGCUUUUACGCAAAUUUCUUGGCGAUCAUGAUCACACUAAAAGGUAGAAGUUUGUUGGCAAGAAGUCAGGAAAUCGCUGAGAGGUCAUACAGAGUUAUUUAUGGAGACACCGACUCCAUAAUGGUCAAUUCCAAUACCAGCAAACAUCAAGAAGCAGUCCAGAUAGCCAACCGAUUAAAAAAAGACUUGAAUGGAAAGUUCAAACACAUCGAGAUGGACAUAGAUGGCCUCUUCAAGAAAUUUCUCCUCUUGAAGAAGAAGACGUAUGCCGCUCUGACUGUAUCCGUAAACGAUGAGAAUGACGUGAAGACUGAGAUAAAAGGCUUACAAAUUGUCCGACGAGAUUGUAGCGAUGUCGUCAAAAAGGCUGGCAGACAUGUUCUGGAUAUUGUAUUGGGCCCCUCAGACUCCAAAUCGGUUGAUAUAUUGGCCUUUCUGACUGAAUGGAAGGAGAAAUUAUUGGGCAAUCAGUUCAGUUUGGAAGAAUUCCAGAUUUAUCAGAAAUUAAGCAAGGAUCUGAACCAGUAUGGAGACGGAGAUAAGCAUUCUGGGAUGGCAAAGCGGUUGAAUCAGACGGGAAAGUUCAACUUCAGAGUCGGCGAUAUGGUCAAAUAUAUCGUGUGUAACGUAAGUAUUUAUCGUCCUUAAAUAGUUGUCGACAACAGGAUGGAAGUGGGAAUUCUUCGUCGAAGCGAUUGUACCACAUAACUGAAUUAGAAGAGGCCAAUAAGACUAUAGUUACGGACAAAGCCAGUGAUGACAAGGAAAAUGUAGAACCCAUCCGGCCAAAGCUCGCUGUUGGUAAGUUCGACUCUACUAUUGCUGUUAUCGAGGAACUUAGAUUACAAAUACUACCAAGAAAGUUUGAAAACGAUAGUCAGUACCAUAUGCGAACCAUUGGAAGACUUGGAGGUCUACCAAAUCUCUGAAGCCCUAGGUUUGGACCCAUCGAAGGAUCGAAGUCGCCCAAAGCCUACCAACUACUCAUCUGGAGAUUUUAACAGGAAUGAUACGGAGUAUGAUGGAUUCAGUUUCGAAUGUCCUCAUUGCCAAAAGAACGUUAUAAUAAACUCGCCGGUUAUUAUUCAGGUUAGACCAUUUAGCAAAAAAAAAAAACAAAUGAUUAAUUUAAGGAUGAUGUUGUUACAUUUACACUUGAAACGUGUUUGGAAUGUGGCCAUGGUUUGAUUUCGGACCAGCCCUAUCUCAUUACCCGAUGCCAUCAACUCAUGGAUGAAUACAUAUCACGGAAUUCCAAGUCUCCUUUCAGAUGUGAGAAGUGUGAAUACACUGAAACGGACAUGAACAGAUUGAUGUGGAGAAGUCACAAGUAUGUUCCGUGCUGUCCGGAAUGCUUUUCUAAUCUAACGCAAGAGGUAAUAUCGGUACAAAUUCUUUUAUACCAAAGUUUUAUAGUACGAUUUGGCCCAACUCUGCGAACAACAGCAGACAUUCAGUUAUCUGUUUGAUUUGAAUCUGUUCAUAUCCAAAUGCAAGAAUACCCACUUGAAGAAGAAGAUAGAAACAGCUCCGAACUUCCAAGAGAUGAAACAUCUAUAUGGGUUAAUGUCAGACAUCGCUAAGGAAAGAUGGAUGCAAAAUAAGGCUUUUAAAAUUGACUUGACAAGCCUGCUUAGGAGUUUCCGAAUCAAGUAA